GUGUCAAAUGAUAUACCACGUCUACUCAUCAACCUGGAAAAGGCGGGUCGAGCUGGCUUGUUUGAACGCUUUAUGGGAAUGGAAGGACUUCGAUAUGGAAUGAACGACAACAAAAGGUCAGUAUUCUGCCUACAAAGCUCAUUCUGCGGAGAGGGAGCUGAUUAUGAGAAGAAGUGUGAAUCGAAGCGCUUAAUAAGCUUUGCCAUUCUUGCAGGUUCAGGCUGUUAA